CUUACGUCAGCGCGUCAGCCGGAAGCGGAAGUUCACACGUGCGGUAGCAGGGAGACACCACGCUCCAGAGGCCGCUGAACGUUCUCCGCAUCGCACUGAAGCCUCGUGUUCAUCAUGGCCGUCAGAGCUUCGUUCGAGAAGAACAAUGAGAUCGGCUGCUUCGCCAAACUCACCAACACCUACUGCCUGGUGGCGAUAGGAGGCUCCGAGAACUUCUACAGUGUGUUUGAAGGGGAGCUGUCAGAAACCAUCCCGGUGGUUCACGCCUCCAUCGCAGGCUGUCGCAUCAUCGGGAGAAUGUGUGUGGGGAACCGUCACGGCGUCUUGGUGCCGAGCAACACCACGGACCAGGAGCUGCAGCACAUCAGGAACAGUUUGCCAGAAGCCGUGAAGAUCCAGCGAGUGGAGGAGCGGCUGUCGGCCCUCGGGAACGUCAUCGCCUGCAACGACUACGUGGCGCUGGUCCACCCGGACCUGGACCGGGAGACGGAGGAGAUCCUGGCCGACACCCUGAAGGUGGAGGUGUUCCGUCAGACGGUGGCCGAGCAGGUCCUGGUCGGCUCCUACUGUGCGUUCAGUAACCAGGGAGGCCUGGUCCACCCGAAGACCACGAUAGAAGAUCAGGACGAGCUGUCCUCUCUGCUCCAGGUCCCCCUGGUGGCCGGCACGGUGAACCGGGGCAGCGAGGUGAUCGCGGGGGGGAUGGUGGUGAACGACUGGUGUGCGUUCUGCGGACUGGACACCACCAGCACCGAGCUGUCCGUCAUCGAGAGCGUGUUCCGACUCAGCGACUCGGCUCAGCCCUCGGCCAUCGCCACCAGCAUGAGGGACUCGCUCAUCGACAGCAUGGCCUAGGCCUUCUGUCGCCGUUUCCUGUCGUGGAGGAGCUGGGCUGCGAUUGGCCGGGUCUCAAUCACGAAGCCUCCGCCCCCUACUGGACCUGCAGCUCUAUGACAUCAUCUUCAAUCUUCACUGAGUCUCCUUUAAAUAAAAAUCAUCUGAUUUAAAAUACGUUCAAAGGGAAGUCGGCCGAGAGGAAUCAGAUCUCAGCCUCUAUUUUUAACCAGGUUGAAAUUACUCCAGAAGUGAAGGUUCAAAUAAAAUCUAGUAAAUAGUCUGUGAUGAAAUGUGUCAAGAGUCAGUUUCCUCCACAGAAUCACAGCAGCUUCAGUGGGUGCAGCGAUGGCGCCCCCUGCUGGCUCGCUCCUGCUGUCACUUCAAGCUUUUGUUUUUGUUUCCUCGCUCUCGACACAUUCGCCUUAAAACUGUCAUCGGUGUUUUUUUUUGUCGCUUCUGUCGAUGAAACUGUAAAAAUAGAAACUAAAGACGUUAUUAACCGAGUGAAUAAUAAGCUUCCUCACAAAAUGUCUCAUCUGUCCUUGUCAAAUAAAUAAAGUCACCCUCUUUUAA